AUGAAGUCGUUAUUCCUAUCUACAGUGGCAGGCCUCGUCUUCGCAGUGGGAGCGUCCCCGAUGCUUGCCGCCUCGUCGAUUGACCACCACGCUUCGAAUUCAUUGAAGGGUGACUGUGACCGAGCGUGCAUGGCAAUUAUCGUCGAUCAGGUUCUGGCUUCCAUGGUAGCUACGGAAAACUCGCACCCCGCAGCGCUCGGGAUGAUGACCGCCUGGCGAACUGUCACGGAAGCAGGGCCACCCAGUUUGCUCGCAAUCGAUACCACACAAGGGUCGGCUUAUUUUGCCCUGGACGUCAGCGAAGGCAGCGACACGGAAAGGUCCAUCCUCAGGGGCCGAGUCAAGGUCGUCAACCAGGAGAUCACCGAGUUGGAACUAUUCAUCAAUCGCUACCGCGGGGACCACGGCUUCUCCUUCUCAGCAGCCGAGCUUCCCAGCAAUUAUGAGGCCUUGAUGUCACCGCCAGAUAAUCGGACGAAGGCGAGUCGGGCAGCAUUGACAGCUCUGAGUGAGGCCUUGUUUGCUACUUCAAGUAAUAUGUCCGUGAGUGUCGACGACAACUGCCAGUUUACCGAAAUUGGCUGGAAGGUCAUCGAUACGGGAACAUACAACAAUGAAACCACCACCCCGCUCAGUUGCAGCUGGUCUUCAGAUCAUCCAACGGAUGAGAAUGCGCGUGUCGGUUUAGUCAUUGAUGAAGAGUUGGGCUUUGUUGAGGCCCAAAAUGUGUGGUUGAACGAGGUGAAAGCACGGGGUGUCAAAGGGCUUCUUGCUCCCACUGAGGCAACGGGGGAGGCCCUUGAGGUGCUACAAUACUACAACGAUGCGCUCCAAGCCAUGCAGAUUAAUGUGUACAUGAGCGGUCCAAAUAUGACAUCGGCCUGGCUAUAG